AUGGACGGCAAGAGAAUGAGAGAUAAUUCACAAAUUGAAAAGGGACCAACUGAAGAUGAAAGAGGAAGCUCCACCAUGCGCACGGCGGAGACACUGCUGCGCAUCCUGCCGAUGGCUUUGUGUGUGGUGGCGCUAGUCAUCAUGCUCAAGGAUUCACAGACUAAUGAAUUCGGUUCCUUGUACUACUCUGAUAUUGGUGCUUUCAGAUAUUUAGUGCAUGCUAGUGGCAUUUGUGCUGGUUAUUCCCUUCUCUCCGCCAUCGCUGCCGCCAUACCUAAGCAAUUGACCAUGUCCCGAGCCUGGACAUUCUUCGUUCUCGACCAGCUUCUGACCUACAUAAUCCUGGCUGCGGGUGCUAUAUCGACGGAGGUGGUGUACUUGGCCUAUAAAGGGGACGCCACCAUUACAUGGAGCCAAACUUGCGGAUCGUUCGGUGGUUUUUGCCGGAGGGCCACUGCAUCCAUAGCGAUAACAUUCAUUGUUACUCUUUGCUAUGCAGGGCUCACACUCAUUUCCUCUUAUAGACUUUUUAGCAAAUAUGAUGCACCAGUUGCCUAUACUAACAGAGGGGUUGAGAUUACCACCUUCCACAGCUAA